AUGGCAGAUGACAUGGUAUGUCUCAGCUGUAUUGCUCCCAGUUCAGGAGAAAGAGUUUGCCUAUCUGCAGAGGGUUUUGGAAACAGAAUGUGCUCUCUAGAAAGUGUUGCAAACAGAGAUGUACCACCAGACUUGUCAGUGUCAGUUUUUGUUUUAGAGCAGGCGUUAUCAGUUAGAGCAUUGCAGGAAAUGGUUGGAGCAUCAAACCAACAGUCAACGGCAGCCCAAUCUGGACAUAGGACUUUACUUUAUGGACAUGCUGUUUUGCUCAGACACUACCAUGGCAACAUGUAUUUGUCCUGCCUGUCAACAAGUUCUUCAAAUGAUAAAUUAGCCUUUGAUGUUGGGCUCCAAGAAACUGCUUCAGGUGAAUCUUGCUGGUGGACAAUACAUCCUGCUUCCAAACAAAGAUCAGAAGGUGAAAAAGUUCGAGUGGGAGAUGACCUUAUCCUUGUCAGUGUGUCUUCAGAAAGAUAUUUGCACAUUGGCAGUGGGAGUAGUGUGAUAGCAUCAUUUCAACAAACCUUGUGGACAGUUGUUCCCAUGUGUUCUGGAACUGUCAGACAGAAAACUUUGGGCUAUGUGUUUGGAGGAGAUGUCUUGAGAUUGUUCCAUGGCCAUAUGGAUGAGUGUCUUGCUAUUCCUGAAGCUGGCAGUGAAAAUGAAUUCAACUGUGUGAUGUAUGAAACCGGUGCAGUAUGUAGUCAUGCUCGUUCACUCUGGCGGCUGGAACACAUCAGAACAAAGUGGGCUGGAGCCUUCAUGGGCUGGGGUCAACAGUGUCGAAUUCGCCAUGUUACAUCAGGCAGAUAUUUAUCAGCCAUGCCAGAUAACUCUGUGAUGACCGUCCAUAGGCAAAAGGCUGAUGAAGCUAGUACAGCAUUCACACUUUUAAUGUCCAAGGAUGAAAAGAAACAAUCAGAUGCCAGAGAAGAUGAAGGUAUGGGCCUUGCAGACAUCAAGUACGGUGACUCAAUGGUUUACAUGCAACAUGCCUCCACUGGUCUCUGGCUAUCUUACCAAACUUUUGAGACGAAGAAACGAGGAGUGGGGAGAGUGGAAGAAAAAAAGGCUAUCAUGCUGGUUGAAGGUCAUAUGGAUGAUGGCUUCACUUUCUCAAGGGCCCAGGAGGAGGAAUCUCGUUCUGCACGAGUCAUUCGCAAAUGCCAGAGUUUGUUUAACAGGUUUACAAAGGCCCUUGAGUCUCUGAAGACAGAAGGUCGUACAAGUCCUUCCUGGUCGAGGCUUAGCUUAUCUGAGGUCAUUAAGUGCUUGGAAGACCUUAUUGAUUACUUUGCUCAGCCAGGAGAUGACGAAGAACAUGAGGAGAAACAAAACAAAUUAAAAGCUUUGAGGAACAGACAGGAUCUAUUCCAAGAAGAGGGCAUGAUAGCUUUGAUUUUAGAAACAAUAGAUAAGUUUAGUUCCUACAAAAGCCGUAGACAGUUUGCCCAUUAUGCUGGAGAAGAAGCAGCUGGAAAAUGGGAUGACAUUUCUAGCUACCUGUACUUGCUUUUAGCUGCCAUGAUCAGGGGCAACAGGGCAAACUGCGCCCAAUUUGCUCAAUCAUAUCGUCUUGAUUGGUUGGUCAAUAGGCUUGAGAGUCAGCAGUCCUCCACAGGUGUGCUGGAUGUCCUGCACUGUGUGUUGAUUGACAGCCCUGAAGCCCUGAACAUGAUCAAAGAGAAGCAUAUCAUCACUAUCAUCUCCCUCAUUGACAAACAUGGGAGAGAUCCCAAGGUAUUAGAUGUCCUUCGCUCAUUGUGUGUGGGUAACGAUGUAGCUGUGAGGACCAAUCAGAAUCUUAUAUGUGAUAAUUUGUUGCCUGGAAAAGAUUUACUACUGCAAACAAAACUAGUGGACUAUGUUAUAAGUUUACAUCCCAACCUGUACGCUGGCAUAAAGCAAGGCUCAGCUAUGUACAAAAAGUGGUACUUUGAAGUGAUGGUGAUCCAGUACCAAGCAACCACUCACCUGCCCCCAAUGCUAAGGGUUGGCUGGGCCAACACUAUUGGGUUUGUGCCUUACCCUGGAGGAGGGGAACACUGGGGUGCUAAUGGCUGUGGGGAUUCCCUGUACUCAUAUGGUUUUGAUGGAGCUAAUCUGUGGACAGGAGGAAAGCCAAAACAAGUUAGAAUCACCAAUGUGCCACUCCAAAAAGGUGAUAUUAUUGGAUGCUCAAUGGAUCUGACUGUUCCACAAAUCCUAUUUUCCAUCAAUGGUGUGAAAAUCGCUGGUUACUUUAAAGAUUUCAACACCGAUGGGAUGUUUUUUCCUGUCAUUAGUCUUUCUGCUGGAGUCAGUUGCCGGUUCAUAUUUGGAGGAGACCAUGGACGUUUGAAGUUUGGUCCUCCAGAGGAACAUGCCCCAAUCAUUGAAUCCCUUCCUCCCAAAGACAGACUGAAGAUUGACCCCUGCUUCUACUUUGGUGAACUUAGCAAGAACCUGAUCAGUGGUCCCACAGAGAUGUGUGAAUAUCAGCCAUUUGUGCCUAACCCUGUCAGCACUGCACAUAUUCAAUUGCCAACUUACAUUGAAAAUGUGAGAGACAAGCUGGCAGAAAACCUUCAUGAGAUGUGGACUAUGAACAAAAUUGACCAAGGGUGGUCUUUUGGAGAGAAUCGUGACCCUGAUAGGAAAAUCAAUCCAUCCAUUAAUUCAUUUGAAAAGUUGCCCAUGUCUGAGAAGAAGUAUAUCAUUACAGUUGCAUUUGAAACUCUAAGGACACUUCUUGCCUUGGGAUACCAUGUGGCCAUGAUCCCACAAGAGACACCCAAUAACAGACUGAAAAUGCUCAAAUUAGGAAACAACUAUCUGCAGACCAAUGGGUACAAGCCUAAUCCACUUGACUUGUCUGGGAUUACCCUCAAUGAGAAGAUGCAGGAGCUUGUUGAUCUUUUGGCUGAGAACACUCAUAAUGUUUGGGCUAAAGAUAGAAUCAAGCACGGCUGGACCUAUGGUCUACAUGAGGACCCAGUCAAUAAAAGAACCCCACAUCUUGUACCUUACAACAAAGUAGAUGAGCACAUAAAGAAAGCAAACAGAGACACAUCAACAGAUGCUGUACGAACUCUUCUAGCUUAUGGCUAUGCUAUUGAAGCCCCUACAAGUGAAACAGGGGAGAGCAGUGCUGCUGUUGUGGCUACUGAAAGUACAGAAAAAACUACAAAGACAAGAACAUACAGAACAGAGAAGACAUAUGCUGUUACCAGUGGAAAAUGGUACUAUGAGUUUGAAGUGAUAACAACAGGCUACAUGAAAGUAGGCUGGGCACUUGUUACUGCUGACCCAUCAUCUGAGCUUGGAACUGAUGGAACAUCCUAUGCUUUUGAUGGAUACUUGGCAAGGAAGUGGUACAUGGGAGCUGAGUCUUAUGGUAAAAUAUGGAACUCAGGAGAUGUUGUAGGGUGUCUGCUAGAUCUUCAUGAUGCCACAAUAUCCUUUUCUCUAAAUGGAGAGCUAAUGAUGGACGCAAUGGGUCAGGAAAUCGCUUUCAGAAAUGUUAAAAGUGAAAAUAACAUUGGCUAUGUUCCAGCAUUUACACUUGGCCCUCACCAGCAAGCCAAACUUAACUUUGGUCAGGACAUCAAUCAGCUGAAGUUUUUCACAAACUGUGGUCUACAAGAAGGCUAUGAGCCAUUUUGUGUGAAUAUGAUGAGGCCGCUGACCUUGUGGUAUGCCAAGUGUGAUCCAGUGUUUGAAACCAUCAACUCAUCCGACCCAGGUCUGCUUGUGUCCAGGAUCUCUGGAGGUCCUAAUGUUAGCCCAUGCCUCAAAGUGUCAUCAAAAACAUUUGGUACCUUAGAAAAGGUACAUUUAGAAUACCUGCGUCUCAGUUUACCUGUCACCUGUAAGGAAGAAUUUGUUUCAAACAGAGACAAGCAGUUAGCCCAGCAGGUCCUUGAAAAACGUCUCAAUCUGGAAAACAAUCGAAGACGUGGAACAGACCUCGACAUAGAGGAGGAGGUCGCUACAGGUACUGUCAGCGUUAAAACACACAGCAGCAGCAACAACAACCACCCUCACCAGCCUAAGGUUAACGGCAAAGUGAGCGCCAGCCAAAAGAACAAUGGCAGCAAUAGCAGUAACAGCAUCACCAGCAGCAUCGUGACCAAUGGCAGCAGCAUGUGCGGCCCCAACAGUAGCCAGAACUCACUCUCAGACAAGGCUGGCGGACAUGCACGCUUUACUGACACUGCUAGAAGGAAAGGAGACAUUAAUGGUAUGGUAGAGCAUGACUCUGGCUUUUCUUUUACUAAUCAUGUAGAAAACAGGAUUGAGGAAGCCAUCCCUGAAGCAAAUGAGGAGGAUUACAGUAUCAAUGAGAUGAUGAAUGGUGGGCCAGAUCUAACUCUCAGGAAAACCCUUCAUCACAACUACACAGAAGAUGAUGCCUUGAGCACAGCUGAACGCAGAAAAUCUUACCUGAAAGGAAUGAAGUCAGGGAAAGGCCAGUCAUUAGAUGACUCCAGCAUUGGGGAACAUUCUCAGGGCAUGAAGCCGGCUGCCAGUGAAUCGCAGCUCAACGACAGCUUAGACUCUUUCCUUAACCCCCCUAAAGAAAAACCCCGCACUGGGUCAAAACUUUCUCUCCUUGCAGAUAAAGUCCUAGAUACCGCCAAGCUGAUGACAGACAAGAACCAGCAGGCCCAGAGCAAGAAGCAGGGCAAGUCCACAUUCACAUCCCUCUUCAAAAAGUCCAAGUCGCGUGACCCCUCCCCCAACAACAUGGGCAGGGCCAGGAGCACAGAAUACUCCAGCCUAGACAAGAAGAAUGUCUCAGCCAGAACAGGCCACCUGGAUAAGAAGAAGACCCCUGGCAAGGGUCAGCAGCAGCGAGUCACAGAUUCAGAGUAUGAUGAGAACGCAGACAAAGAUCUUAUCCCGUAUGAGUUUCAGGAUGAGCUGGCAUCUCGGCACCACAUAUACCGUAGUGAGGACUCUGACUUUGGCCAGUCAGAGGGAGAGCUGAGCGAGAUCAAUGCUUUAGCAGAACAGAUGGAUGAGUACUUCUAUGCUGUCAGGGUUUUCCCUGGUCAGGAUCCUGCACAUAUCUAUGUAGGGUGGGUGACCCCCAGCUUCCACCAUAAUGAGAACAGUUUUGAUAUCAAGAGUGUAAGACAUGUCAUUGUGUCUACACUGGACAGAGAUUACAAACCAAAACAAAGUGUCAGCCGUAAGAAUUGUUACAUAAUGUCAGCGGGUGACCUCCAGCAGAGGUAUGCUGACUCCAGUCAAGAGAUGGCCUCCAAACGCUCAUCACCUGGACUAGUUAUUGGCUGUUUUAUUGACACCUCAACAGGUGUUCUGAGCUUUACAGUCAAUGGCAAGGAGGUGGCUAACAAGUUCCAGGUGGAGCCAGGCACAAAGCUGUACCCAGCAGUUUUCUGUGAACCCACCAGUAAGGAAAUAUUCCAGUUUGAGCUUGGAAGCACCAGGACAUCGCUGCCUCUUUCUGCUGCUGUAUUCCGAGGUCCCAAGUCCUUGGUUCCAACUUGUCCUCCAAGACUUGAUAUCCAGUCACUGAGACCAGCCUUCUGGGCCAGGGUCCCCAAUGCAGUGCUGAAGGCCAGCACACUGAAGCUGUCAGACAUCAGAGGGUGGAGCAUGAUCUGUGAAGAGCCCAUGUCAAUGCUGGCUGUGUACAUCCCAGAUGAGGACAGAUGCUAUGAUGUUUUAGAGCUGAUUGAAAAAGAUGACUUACUCAAUUUCCAUGCUAAGACCCUGGACUUGUAUCAAGCUGUGUGUUCCCAUGGCAACCACAGAGUGGCCAAUGCUCUUGUCCAGCAUGUUGAUGAGAAGCAGCUCAUGUACUGCAUCAAGAGUGAAUAUUUGUCUGGUCCAUUGAGACAUGGAUUCCACAACCUGCUGAUAGCUAUGCACUUGGAAUCUCAUACCAGAGCCAGGUUAAUGACCCAGAAUGAAUUUAUUAUACCACUGACUCCACAAACCAAGUCUCUAAGUCUGUACAGGCCAACUAGCAAUGCAUCCGAGUCCUACAGCAUCAAGCACCAGAUCCCCAGCAUGGAAGGCAGUGUAUCAAUCAGACCCCAGCUGGCUAUCACAGAGAAGCAAAUACAAGACAGAAUCCAGAAAAAUGGAAGAGAUUCUACAGCGCCAUUUUUCUCUGUUGAAAAACUCAAGUCUUUCACCAUGUAUGCCCUGUCAACAGCUGUGGAGAAGGGGGCAGCACAUGUCAGGGAUCCCAUUGGAGGCAGCAACACCAAUCUAUUUGUGCCUCUUUUAAAAGUUUGUGACAAUCUCCUUGUCAUGGGGCUUUUAAAUGAUGAUGAUCUGAAUCACCUACUUUGUCUCAUUGACCCUUCAGUCUUUGAUGAGUCUAGUCAUAAAAAUCCUGCUUUAAAAGGUUUGCUGAAAAUGGAACUUGAAGAAGCAGUUAAACUAGAGGUUUGCAGAAUCCUACAGCACCUGUGUGAUCUCCAGCUGAGGCAUAGAGUGGAAUCCAUCAUUGCCUUCUCCGAUGAUUUUGUUGCUAAUUGCCAGAAUGACCAGUUGCGCAGGUACAAUGAGAUCAAGCAGACAGAUAUGCCUCCAGCUAUGGCAGCUAAAAAGACAAAAGAGUUCAGGUGCCCCCCUAAAGAACAGAUGAAAGCCCUUCUGACUUUUAAACUUGAAGAAGAUGACAAUAAUGAGAACUGCCCAUGUCGAGAUGAUAUCAGGGUUUCUUUGAAGAAGUUUCAUGAAGAAUUACUUCUGCAUUGUAAAAUGCCAUUGAUGAGUGAAGAUGACACCCCAGUCCAGGUUGAGGCUCCACCCACCCCUGCCAUCUCACAGAGAUUACUUGCUCUUGUCUGGAAAGCCAAAACUCCAGAUGUUUCUGCCAGCAUUGAGACAGCUAAAAUUCCAGACUCACUGCAGAAGCUGAUCACUACCACAAUGAUCUCCUGGGCUGAGGAAACUUUCAUCUCCAGCCAGGAUCUGGUGAGAGAGAUGUUCAGCCUGUUACACAGGCAGUACGAUGGCAUAGGAGAGCUGAUGUCAGGUCUGGAAAAAGCCUAUGUGAUAAGCUGCAAGAGUCGAGAAGACAUCAACCUUCUGCUCAAGUCACUGGGUAUCAUACGAUCUCUGCUGCAGGUUCAGGCUGGCCCUGAUGAGGAGGAGCUCAUGAAGCAGAGUCUCAAAGACCUGAUGGACAAUAAAGUGUUCUUCCAGCACCCUGACCUGAUGAGAGCCCUGUGUGUUCAUGAGACUGUUAUGCAGUUGAUGGUGAACACCCUCAACAAGGCUCAACAGCAGCAGCAGCAACAACAGCAGCAAGCAGCCGCUGUGGAGGCAGGAAACAGACAGCCCACCCAGUCCAACACCAUGGAGAGUCUUAGUGAGCAGAAUAAGGAUGCAGCAGCUGAAAUGGUUGUCAUGUGCUGUCGCUUCCUAUGUUAUUUCUGCCGUACAAGUCGCCAGAACCAGGCAGCCAUGUUUGAGCACCUUAGCUAUUUGCUGGACAACAGCAGCAUGUUGCUGGCUCGACCAUCUCUAAGGGGAUCGUGUCCCCUUGAUGUUGCCUACUCCUCUCUCAUGGACAACAAUGAACUUGCCCUGGCCUUGAGAGAAUCUCAUUUAGAGAAAAUAGCUGUCUAUCUUUCUAGAUGUGGUAUACAGGUGAAUGCAGAACUCCUAGAGAAAGGUUACCCAGAUAUUGGUUGGGACCCAGUGGAAGGUGAAAGGUUCUUGGACUUCUUUAGGUUCUGUGUUUGGAACAAUGGAGAAAAUGUGGAAGAAAAUGCCAAUCUGGUAGUGAGACUGUUGAUUCGUCGGCCAGAGUGUCUUGGCCCUGCGCUUCGUGGUGAAGGGGGUGGCUUGCUGAAGGCCAUGAAGGAUGGCAUCAGAAUGUCUGAGCAGAUAGCAGCAGCCAGGGACAACAGCUCUAGCAGCUUCCUCAUGGCCAUGAAUGAUGACGAUGACACUGGUGGAAAUUACCUCAUCAACAGCAAGUACAAGUUCCACACAUUACCUCCCCCUGAAGAUGAGGACUACAUUGACAUUGGUGCUGCCAUCUUGGAGUUCUACUCCAGCCUUGUGGACUUGUUAGGGAAAUGUGCCCCCGAUGCUGAAACUAUCAAAGCUGGUCGAAGUGACUCCCUUAGGGCUAGGGCUAUCUUGAGGAGUUUGGUUUCUAUGGAUGACUUGGAGGGAGUGUUAGGCUUACCUUUCAUUUUACCUGUGGGCAGAUCAGGUGGAGAUGAUGAAGAGGGUGGUGGAGGUCCAGGGGGUGAUGGAAUGCCACCAGGUCUGCUUCCAAGUCACAAGGCAUCCAUUGUGAUGUUUCUGGACAGGGUGUAUGGCAUUGAUGACCAGGCCACAUUUUACAGGCUGUUGGAUGAUGCUUUCCUGCCAGAUCUCAGAGCUGCUACUACACUGGACAUGGCUGCAGCUUCAGAAAGUGAUAUGGCUCUUGCACUAAAUCGCUACCUGUGCACCUCAGUUCUUCCCCUGCUGAUGAAACACAGCCACUACUUCAGGGAGUCAGAGCAUGCAUCAGUUCUGCUGGAAACUAUGCUACAGACCUGCUAUAGGCUGUCCAAGUGUAGAACACUUACUAAAGGCCAACAGGAAAUGACCUCAGACUUUCUGGUGGCUUUCACACAAGAACUCAGACUUCCACUGAUGACAAACCUCCUUAGGAAACUUACUGUGGAUGUCCCUGCCCUAUCUGAACAUGCUGUUGUUCCAUUAAGAGUCCUCACAUCACAUUAUGAGAGAAGUGGCAGCUAUUAUGCAUCUGGAGCAGGACGAGGCUCAGUGGCCAGUGAAGAAGAAAAGAGGCUCACCAUGAUGUUGUUCCAAGGCAUCUUUGAUUCAUUAGCAAAGAGGGCAUAUGACCCUGAGCUAUUCUCAAAAGCCUUACCAUGCUUGUCAGCUAUUGGCUGUGCUCUGUCACCUGACUAUGCUCUCAGUCAUCAUGAUGACAGUUGGCUGAGACAAACAUCUGUAGACCUAGAUGGGGCUUACAACCCCAAACCAGUGGACACUACCAGAGUGAACUUAAACCAGUCAUUGGAUUCAGCUGUAACUAAGUAUGCUGAGCACUUCCAUGACUGCUGGGCUGUGAAGAAGAUUGAGCAAGGCUGGCAAUUUGGCAACACAUAUGAUGAUGACAGAAAAAUACAUCCUCUUCUAAAGCCUUACCAUCUCCUAGAUGAUAGGUCAAAGGCCAGAUACAUGAACCCAGCGAGAGAAUCACUCAAGGCUAUGUUAGCCUGGGGCUGGACACUGGAACAAGACCAGACACGGUUCACCUCCAACAGGGAGAGCAUCAAGAGAAGGACCUCCAAAGCCAAUGUGUAUGAACAUGGUUACAGUCCCAGACCUUAUGACUUGAGAAACAUCACUCUGACAAGAGAGAUUCUUACAAUGGCUGAGAGGCUGUCAGAAAAUGCACAUGACUUGUGGGCAAAAAGGAAGAGAGAGGAACUUGAUUCUAUCGGGGGAGGUGUACACCCCCAACUUGUACCCUAUGACAUCCUGACUGACAAGGAGAAGAGAAAAGACAGAGAGCAGGCUCAGGAGCUGCUGAGAUUCUUGCAGUUUUUGGGCUUCAGAAUCACCAGUGGGGAUUUGGGUAUUGAUCCUCGGCGUGAAUCCCAUCCCAGAGGUGGUAGAGAGACAGACGCUGACAGCGGUGUUGGCGUGUCUGCCACAGAGAGGAGGUUUGCCUACAGCCUGCUGGAGAAACUGCUGGAGUACCUGGACAAAGCAUCUGUCAACAUGCAGAUGAGCAAGCCCUCCACCAGGUUCUCACGUAGACACAGCUACUCCACAGCCACAGAAGAUGUCAAAUUUUUUGGAAAGGUUGUGUUGCCAUUUGUUGAGCGCUACUUCCACGCCCACCAAGCCUAUUUUAUAGCAUCACCAAACUCACCCCAAGGAAACCACAGCAUGGCAUCUUUCAAGGAGAAAGAGAUGACUGCCAGUUUGUUCUGUAGACUGGCUCAAACUUUGAGAGCCAAAAUUACAGCAUUUGGCCAUGAUGUAAACAUAUCUGUGCGCUGCUUGAGGGUCAUGGUUCAAGCUGUUGAUUUUAAAUCAGUAGUAAAAAACAGCCCUGAAUUUGUUCGAUCUUCCCUUCUUCCAUUCUUUAACAAUGCUGCUGAUGAUCUGGCUCUAGUGAUGGACAACCUGAUCAAGGAGAGGUUCAGCCAUGUCAAGGGCACCAUUACACGUGGCGCCACCUCUCUUGACUAUGUGCACAUGGUUUUGCUCCCUGUUUUGUCAUCACUCUUUGACCACAUAGGACAUAACCAGUUUGGGGCAGAUAUGCUAGUUGGUGAUACCCAGCUUGCUUGCUACAGAAUAUUGAAUGCCUUAUACACACUGGGAACCAACAGUUCCACUUUUGCCCAGAGAGAAACAAUCCAGGCGGAACUGGCCAGACAUCGACCAGCCUUGGGUGAGUGUGUUGGCUCAUUUGCCAGCUGUUUUCCUGUAGCCUUCCUGGAACCUGAGAAAAACAAGUUCAACAAACACUCCAUCCUGUUUGGUCUUGAGGGCAAGAUCUCAGAGCACUCUUUAGAAGCUCAGGAGGUCAUGGAUCAGUUGAAAGAGAAUGUGCCAUCACUUGAGAAAAUUGUGACUGAAAUUGAGGGUUUGGCCCACUCAGGGGGGAAAUAUCAGGAGGCCCCACAUGUCAUUGAGGUUACCUUGCCUAUGGUGUGCAGCUACCUCCCUUACUGGUUGAAAUAUGGACCUGAUGGAACUCACACUGAAAGACCCAGAAAUUAUGUAACAGAUGUUACAGCUCAGCAAAUGAAUGCUGUGCUAGGUAAUGUGCUGAAACUGAUCCUUAGUAACAUUGGCACUGAGGACGCUCCAUGGAUGAACAGGAUUGCUACUCGGACACAGCCUAUCAUCUGUAACUCCACUCCUGAAAUGAUCAAAGACCAUUUUCUGCCCAUUGCUAAAAAGUUGAGAGAAAAUGCCAGUUUGGUGGAAGCAAUGGAGAAAAGAUUGGCUCAAGAAAAGAGGCAGGCCAUAGAAGGAAGUGAAGAUUAUGAACAAUAUGUACAAGAGAAAUUUGGUACAUUGGUGAGAGACAUCUAUGCCUUCUACCCUCUACUCAUCAAGUAUGUUGAUCAGCACCGCUCCCAUUGGCUGAAAAAUCCAACCCCUGAGGCAGAAGAGCUUUUCUCAUGUGUGGCUGAAAUCUUUUCAAUGUGGUCACACUCACUGUUUUUCAAACGAGAAGAACAGAACUUUGUUGCUCACAAUGAGAUAGACAACAUGGCCCUCAUCAUGCCCAGCCAGGCCAUCCGCCUGUCUGUACCAAAGAAAAUGUUGUCUGGCUCACAAGACCAAGUGCCCACCAAACGGGCUUCAGGAGGAAAACGUAGAGAGAAGAAACGCCUGGAGCCUCACAAUUCUCUGAAUGUUGCUUGCCUUAAGAGAUUGGUGCCCGUUGGCUUGAGCUACUUCAGUGGGAGGGAGCAAGAGCUGCUGCAGCAAGCCAAGCAGAAGCUUCUCCAGAAGGAUGCGGAGGGAGACAUCGAAGACUACCUCAUGAACAAUCUUGGUGCAGAUGAAGGGCCAAUUGAUGAGAAAGUACAGUGGCAAAAAGUCUUGUACCGUAAAAUUGGGGACACAAAAACAUCUGGCACUAUGCAACUGACUCAGGGGAAAAUUAUUGAAAGAAUCAUCAGUAUGGCUAAAGUAAUGCAUGGUUUACACAUGGUUGAGCAUCCUAACCAGUACUGCAAGGGUGCAUGGAAAAAGGUGAUAUCUUCACAGAGGAAGAGAGCAGUCAUGGCCUGCUUUAGGAUGAUUCCUUUACACGGAACACCAAGGCACAGGGCCAUCAAUCUUUUCUUGAAAGCCUACAAGCAGCUUUGGUUAGACACAGAGGAGACUGACAAGAAUGCUCUCAUUGUUGACCUCACUCAGUCACAUGCAGAAGAAGAAGGUGACAAAAAAGAAGAGGAAGAGGAAAAGAAACCUGACCCACUGAAUCAGUUGAUAACAACCUUGAGUAGAGGGGCCACAAAGGAACAGCAGCGAAGUAUCCCUGACGAUCCUCUGUACAUGGCAUAUGCUGAAAUCAUGAGCCAGAGUUGUAGUGGAGAAGAUGAGGAUGAUGAUGAUGAAGAGAAUGAUGAGGGUCCUGGUCCAUCUUUUGAGGAACAAGAAAUGGAGAAGCAGCAACUACUGUUUGAACAAUCACGUCUUUCAGAUCGUGGUGCAGCUGAGAUGGUGUUACAGUACAUCAGUGCCAGUAGAGGUGAACCUGGUCCAAUGGUUACCAAGACCAUUGAGCUUGGAAUCUCUCUGCUGAGGGGUGGUAACACAAUAGUACAGAAGAGAUUGCUUCAGUCAUUGAAAGACAAGAAAGAUGUUGGUUUCUUUACAUCUUUAUCUGGCCUGAUGCAGCAGUGCAGUGUCCUUGACCUUGAUGCAUUUGAGAGAACAAACAAAGCCAAAGGCCUUGGCAUGAGCACAGAGUCAGGUGCUGGUAACCUAGCUGAUGCUGAGGUCACCUGUAAAAUUUUCAGGUUCCUACAACUUCUCUGUGAGGGCCACAAUCUAGAAUUCCAAAAUUACUUGAGAACCCAAGCAGGCAAUACAACAACAGUAAAUAUCAUCAUCUGCACUGUGGACUAUUUGCUCAGAUUACAAGAGUCCAUCAUGGAUUUCUACUGGCAUUACUCAGGGAAGGAGAUAAUAGACAUUGCAGGAAAAGACAACUUUAGCAGGGCUAUAAUGGUUGCAGCACAGGUCUUCAACUCCCUCACUGAAUACAUUCAGGGCCCAUGUUCACAGAAUCAGUUAGCCCUGGCCCACAGUAGGUUGUGGGAUGCUGUUGGUGGGUUCCUAUAUAUCUUUGCCCACAUGCAAGACAAACUUUCCAAAGACCCAGAUCAGUUAGAACUUCUAAGAGAAUUCAUGAAACUCCAGAAAGAAAUGAUGAUCAUGUUGCUUUCUAUGUUAGAGGGUAAUGUCAUGAAUGGACCCAUUGGUAAACAGAUGGUGGAUACACUGGUAGAGUCUUCUACAAAUGUGGAGAUGUUAUUGAAGUUCUUCGACAUCUUCCUUAAGAUGAAGAAUCUAACUACAUCUGAAGCUUUCUUGGAGUUCGACACAAAUAAAGAUGGGUGGAUAUCACACAAAGAAUUCCGUAAGGCCAUGGAAUCACAAAAAAUUUACUCUGAGGAAGAAAUUGAGUACAUCAUGAUGUGUGUUGAUGCCAACCAUGAUGGGAAGGUGGACUUCACAGAGUUUACUGACCGCUUCCACAACCCAGCCAAGGAUAUUGGCUUCACCAUGGCUGUCCUCUUGACCAAUUUGUCUGAACACAUGCCUAAUGAGCCCAAGCUGGAGCGGCUCUUGAAUAAAGCUAAAAGUGUGCUUGACUACUUUGAGCCUUACCUUGGGCGCAUUGAGAUCCAGGGCAGUGCUAAUCGCAUUGAGAGAGUCUACUUUGAGAUUAAACAGUCACAUAUUGACCAGUGGGAGAAACCCCAGAUCAAGGAAUCUAAGAGGUCCUUCUUGCACAGUGUGGUUAAUGAAGGUGGAGACAAGGAAAAACUUGAGAGCUUUGUCAACUUUUGUGAGGACACAAUAUUUGAGAUGCAACAUGCCACAAGUAUCAGUGCAGAGGAACAGAGAAUAGCAGCAAUGAGAAGUGGUGCUGGCAACAUGGAAGGAGGAAGGAGACAACAGUCAGGACCAACAGGUGUAUUGGAACCUUUGGCCAUAACAUACAGGUUCCUGAAAGACACCUUGUUCACCAUACUGUCUUGUCUAACCUGGUCAAAUCUGAAACAUUCAUACCUUACAAUCAAGUCCAUGACCUACUGGCAGCUGUUUAUAGCCUUCUUCAAGAUGAACUUCAAGUUUGCCUGGUUUAUGGUCACCCUUGUCUUCCAUAUCUCAUGGACACUAGUGAAAUUUGUGAUUAACAUGAUGAUGGGGGAGAAGGACACAGAGACAAAACCACCCGAGGAAAAACAGCCUCCUACACCUAUGGCGCUGCAGUUAGGUCCUAUAGCAAUGUCAGGACCAGCCGGGAGGUCGGCUAUGAAUGGUGGGGCUGGUUUUCCACCGGAUGUGGAUGGUGCUAAUGCUGAGCUUUCUCAACCAUUAAUAGAUGAGGAUGGAACAGAAAGGCACAUGCCCCAGUCUAAAGAGCACAUGUCUAAUGGUACUGCUGGAACAACAUUUGAACCUGGAACAUCAAGCACCCAAACUGAGAGUCCUGAGACACUAACUGAAGACCAGCAAGCAAGUGCCCAGUCAACCACAACUGCUCCACCUCCCUAUAUGGCACCACAGAUGUCUAUACCUGAUGCCAGAAGGGCUAGUGAUAGUGCACCGAAGGAAUCAUCAAAAUCAGAAGAAGAGCCCACUGUUGAGACCCAUGAGUUUGAAUAUGGAAAAUACAUUUUGAGUUUGUUUGCUCGUAACUUUUACAACUUCAAGUACCUUGCACUACUUUUGGCUUUCUUUAUCAAUGUUCUGCUGUUGUUUUUCAAGGUGACCAAACUUCAUGAGGAAACAGCAGAAGCUGAUUCACCAGAUGAUGCUGAUGUCAUUGCCAACCUAACAGCAGCACUGACUGGAGGAGAAGAGGAGGAAGAUGAUAGCCUGAAUGAGUUGGUCAUCAUUGAGGAAGAGUUUUAUUAUUUGAAUCCAGUUAUCAGGAGCUUGGCUCUGCUUCAUUCACUGGCUGCCUUCUCAAUGCUGGUUGCCUAUUACUGCUUAAAGGUGCCAUUGGUCAUAUUCAAAAGAGAGAAAGAAAUAGCCAGGAAGUUGGAGUUUGAAGGACUGUAUAUUGUGGAGCAGCCAAGUGAUGAUGAUGUUAAAGCACAUUGGGACAAGCUGGUGCUGAGUACACAGUCCUUCCCUGAAAGUUACUGGGACAAAUUUGUCAAGAAGAAGGUCCGAAUUCGUUAUGCAGAGCAGUACGACUAUGAUGCUAUAAGCAGCUUGUUGGGCAUGGAUCAGGGAGAAACUGUUUCAUCCAUCGCUGAAAAAUCAAGAUUUGUUCCCUCAUUCUUGGCAAAUGUUGAUCUUCAAUAUCAGAUCUGGAAGUGGGGAGUAAUCAUUACUGAUAAUUCUUUCUUGUAUUUGCUGUGGUACUUUUUGUUCUCCAUCUUGGGCAACUUUAACUUCUUCUUCUUUGCUGCCCACCUUUUGGAUGUAGCCAUUGGGAUUAAAACUCUCCGUACCAUUUUGCAGUCUGUAACCCACAAUGGUAAACAGCUGGUCUUGACUGUAAUGUUGACGUGUGUGGUGGUGUAUAUCUACACUGUGGUGGCCUUCAACUUUUUCAGGAAAUUUUAUGUCAAAGAGGAAGAUGGAAAUGUAGACUACAAGUGUCAUGAUAUGGCCACUUGUUUUGUGUACCAUCUCCACACUGGUCUUAGAGCUGGUGGUGGCAUAGGUGAUGAAAUUGAGCCUGCUGAUGGUGAUCCCAAUGAAAUGUACAGAAUUGUGUUUGAUAUUACUUUUUUCUUCUUUGUCAUUGUCAUCCUGCUGGCCAUUAUUCAGGGUUUGAUUAUUGACGCCUUUGGAGAGCUUAGGGACCAGCUGGAGCAAGUAAAAGAAGAUAUGGAGUCCAAGUGCUUCAUUUGUGGCAUUGGUAAAGACUAUUUCGACAAAGUACCACAUGGAUUUGAGAUCCAUGUGAAGAAUGAGCAUAACUUUGCAAAUUACAUGUUUUUUAUUAUGCACUUGAUCAACAAGCCUGAUACAGAGUACACAGGUCAGGAAACUUAUGUAUAUGAGAUGUAUCAGCAGCGAAUCUGGGACUUCUUUCCUGUUGGUGAAUGCUUUCGUAAACAAUAUGAGGAUGAAGACUCAAGAUGAUUUCAAUGAAAGAUUUCUACAAAUGAUAUUUACACUACAUAGUUUAAGCAGUUUUUGCUAAACUUUUUCAGCUUCUGAUAUUUUAUUUUCAGUUUGGAUGUUUUCUUUUUGAAGUCACAUUUUAAUUUAUCAAUGAAAGUCAGAUCUGAGCUAAACUUUCAAAAUCAGGCUCAGCUUUAAAUGUAUAUAUCUGAUUAUUUAACUACUAAUAGUGCAAUAUUUAAUUAUAAUGCAAUUCUUUUUUUAUUUUUGCAUGCAGCUUGUAGUUUCUGCUCAAUAAAUUAUUUCUCCACAUAUUUAAGCUAUCUCUGAAAGCCAGCUUAGUGUUAUUUUAGCAUGAAGUAGGUUUUU